AUGUAUAACUGCUACACUCCUGCCGAAACGGCCGAGAUUGUCGGCCGCGCGGGCGUCACCAAAGGCAACGAGCGCCUCGAUAAGGUCUUCAUGUCCUCUGUCUCCGCCGGCUGUCUCCUGUCCUUCGCAUGCGCCACUCUCCUCUCCACCAACGCUGCUCCUUGGUACCAAGAGAACGCCCCCGGCCUGAUCCGCACCAUCGCCGCGCUCGUGUUUCCCUAUGGUCUGUGCAUGGUCGUGCUUACGGGCGCUGAUCUCUGCACCGGCUCGUUCCUCUUCACCACUGUCGCUGUGCUGCAGAAGAGGUUAUCGUGGACGAAGAUGUUGAUUCAUUGGUUCAUCACCUUCUGGGGCAACCUCGCCGGCUCUUUGUUUGUGGUGGCCUUGAUUACAGGCUACGGCGGCACCUUCGACGUCGCUGCCUACACCACAGAGGUACGCACUUUCGCUACGACCAAGCAGAUCACCCCUCACUUUCACCAAGUCUUCUUGCGAGGCAUCGGCGCCAACUGGCUCGUCACCCUUGCCUGCUUCCUCGGAAUGUCCGGCCGGGAGUACUUCUCUAAGAUUGUGGGCAUCUGGUGGCCCACUUUCGCCUUCGUCUCACUGGCUUUGACCACGUUGUCGCCAAUAUGUUCUUCGUUCCUACGGGGAUAUGGCAUGAUACACCGGGAUUGA